UUGCGUAGUUCAGCGGGAAGCUUCGCGUCGCUCCCGCAGGUGUACCCCUCCCCCUCGCCCCGCACCAGCGCCCCGCACACCCCGCGACCGUUUCCCCCUCCCGCCCCGCCACCCCCGCUCGUAUACGACGCAGCUUUCUUUAGUUCGUGUGUACGCCACUUCACGCCACUCGCCAGUCGACUGUCAACCACGGAGGCGGGCGGUUUUAUCGCUCUGUCGGAUAGCCGCGCCAACUGUAAACACGACGCACUAUCUGCGCGCCGCUUCCGUUCGCGAAAUAACCUCAAUCCAUCGCUAGUGUCGUGUUGUGCCAAACCAGUGGAUCUGGAUUCAGUGAAAAUUGUAAACUUCCUACAUUUAAAUUAA